CUUUUUUAUAUACAGUUUAAUGAAUAACAAGUUUUUAAAGGAUAUAAACUGAUUGAUUGAGUCAUCGAUUGAGUUGUUUGUCUUAAACAAUGUAAACAACUGAUGAUAUCAUAGUUUUUUUGGACACAAGAAGUACAAGUAAUCCAUAAUAUGAAUGAAUCAAAUCUAGAAAAAGAAAUGUCAAAAGUGGACAACACUUUAGGCGAAGAGUUGGUCAAAGAAGUGCUUCAGUCGGGCGUCGAUUUGCGCUCUUAUAGUAAGGAAGUGGAGAAGUCAUUGGUGGACAUCGAGAACGCAUCGGUCAACGACUACAUCAAACAGUCGGAAGCCAUCACUUCAUUGCAUCAACAGAUUGUCUCUUCGGACCAAAUUCUUGAACGAUUGGAGGGAAUGUUGUGUGCAUUUCAGGCAGAUUUGGGUAAUAUAUGUCAAGAAAUACUAUCACUGCAAGAGUUGUCCGUAUCUUUGAAUCAACGGCUGAAGAAUAAGCAAACAAUUCGUUCAAAUUUAAGUCAAUUUGUUGACGAUAUGAUUGUCUCGGAGGCCGUUAUAUCACACAUAUUGGAUACUCCGGUGUCGGAGAAAGAGUUUUUGGAACAGCUCUAUGUAUUGGACCAUAAAAUAUGUUUCGUUAAGGAACAGUCAUUCCGUGAGGCCAAGAGUUGUACCGAUGUUCUCCAGAUUCUUAACAAUUUGAAGAUCAAAGCCAUCACUAAAAUCCGUGAAUAUUGUCUGAAGAAAAUACAUUCGUGUCGUAAAGCAAUGACUAACUAUCAGAUACCGCAAAACGCUUUACUCAAGAAUAAGUUUUUCUAUCAGUUUCUGAUGACUCACGAUCGGGAAGUGGCCCGAGAAAUACAGACCGAAUACAUGGACACAAUGAGCAAAGUCUACUUCUCUUACUUUAAAGAGUAUUUGCAUCGACUAACGAAACUUCAUUUUGAAGAGAUGCCCGACAAGGAUGACCUCAUGGGUUGUGAGGACACGGGCGCCAAAUCUCGGUCAUCAAUAUUCACUCACAAACAUUCACUAAAAAAUCGGUCGACUGUUUUCUCAAUAGGCGAUCGCGAGAAUCUAUUGACUAUGGAAUUAGAGUCACCACUAAUUGUUCCACACGUGGCUGUCAAGAGUGAUAUUAGGUAUUCAGUAGAGUCAUUGUUUCGGUCGCAUCAGUUCGCACUCGUAGACAAUGCUUGUCGUGAAUAUCUAUUUAUAACUGAAGUUUUUAUGGCUAAUCAUAACACGGCUCAAGAAUUUUUUACCAUUGUUUUGGGCAAAACAUUUUCAUUGAUGAUCAAACACAUUGAAGACCAGUUCCAGAACAGCUACGACACAAUUGCACUGUUUGUUUGUCUUCAUAUUAUUUAUAGAUAUCGUCUGUUAGCACAUAAAAGAGCUGUUCCGACACUUGAUUUUUAUUGGGAAACAAUUGUGAAGAUUAUUUGGCCGCGAUUUGAUUACGUGUUUCAGUUGCACAUCCAAAGUAUAAGACAAUGCGAUACAAGCAAACUAACCAAUUUUGAUACCCGUCCUCAUUAUAUUACCAGAAGAUAUGCAGAAUUUUCGGCAUCAAUUAUGAUCAUUAACGACACAUUUCCCGAUGAAAGGGUCUCUAUUUUGUUAGGUUCUCUUCAGAAUGAAGUAGAGAAUCUGAUACUUAAGAUGGCGUCUCUAUUUCAUAAUCCCAAAGAGCAGCUGAUAUUUAUUAUUAAUAACUACGAUAUGAUAUUAGAAAUACUUAUUCAACGCAAGAAAGAAGACUCGAAAGAGUCGGAAAAUAUCAAACAACAGCUGACGAAACGCAUCCAAGAUUUUGUUGAAGAACUUUUGUGUCCACAUUUCGGUGCAAUGAUUGCGUUUGUAAAGGACUGCGAGUCUUAUAUCGACAAAAACGAUUUGGACGCUCUUAAGCGUCAAGAAUCAAAUGUUACCGAUUUGAUUAAGUCAUUCAACAGCGGAUGGCGUAAAGCAUUAGAAGAGAUCUCCAGAGAAGUGAUGAAUUGUUUCACAAAUUUUAAGAAUGGAAAUAACAUUCAACAGUCAGCGCUGACACAAAUCAUUCAAUAUUAUCAUCGAUUUAGUAAAAUAGUGUCUCAGAGUCCGUUCAAAAACAAUCCGACCCGAAGUGAACUCAUAAACAUUCAUCAGUUGAUGGUUGAGGUCAAGAAAUAUAAGACUAACUUUUAGCACAUUUUUAUUUUUAUUGAAUAUUAUAGUUAUAUUUGUAUAUAUAUUGUCAAAUUGUUAAUUUCUUUGUUGUAAAUUAUUUAUUUAAA